GAAUCAAUGACACUACAAUUCUUGCGCCAUCUGCGCUUCUCACUAGUACAUCCACAGUCUGCGGGCAACGCAAACACUCCGGACCAGACGACCAACCACAUGUCUUAUCUUUAAGACACUCGCCGAUAAGCGUGGGGUAGGUACAUGCUGCAACCUCGUCCGUGAAACCACCUCCUCUUCUCUUCUGCCUUAAGGACGACCUUUCCCCAGGUGUAAGAUACCAUGGCAGGAGCCGCAAUGCAAAAUACCUGUCACCAUGCCGGAUGAGCAUGCUGUUGUUGAUUCGUCAAUUACUGACUUCUUCCUUCGUUCGGGACUCACGGCCCAGACCAGACACGAAUGCUUCAACCUCAUCGAAGAGCUAUAUCCGAAUAAAGCAGCGUCUGCGGCAUCCUGUCAGGGCUACUGCUCAUUAACUGUCUUCGUAGGCCAUGACACAGUCGUUCAAUUUCGUCCGUACAACUAUCGAUUGGAUCUGCAACUCACAUUAGUUGCACGAGAAGUCUAUGGGACCUUCGCCCCAGAGACGAGAUAUGUAGCCACCCUUCCAGCAUCAGGACUUCUUGUGUACAGAAUGGGAAGAAUAGGUGGCGUAUCUUUCAAAGACUUCAGAGCUAGCAGGUCAAUGAUAGCAUGCUCAACAUACCAUCGAGCAGCUCUCUGUCGAGACUUUGCCAGAUUUCUUGCAAGGUCGUGGAAGGAGACAAGCAGUCGAGCUUUACCCCUUGGCCUUGUAGGGAAGACCAUUGAAUCUCGCCUCAGAGCACUGGUCUCGACCCUGUCUCAUCGAUUUCGACUAGUAGCAAGGAGGGUCCUCGAGAAUCUGCGACGAAUCGAAGCCCUCCCAUGGGUUCUUACACAUGGUGAUAUUGUUGCAUCAAAUAUCAUGAUCGAACCUUCGAACGGGACAUUAACGGGACUCGUGGAUUGGGCAGAAGCGGAACGUCUGCCAUUCGGGGUUUGUUUCUAUGGACUCGAAGAGCUGUUGGGGGAAAUGACAAUGACAGGCUUCCAGUACCGCCAUGAUGCCGUCAGUCUCCGAACUGUUUUCUGGGCGGAGCUGGGAAUGCUGGUACCAGAACUACAGCAGACCCAAGUUCUCGAGGCCGUCAAGUUGGCAAGAGAUCUUGGGGUCUUACUCUGGCACGGCAUUGCUUUCGACGAUGGGGCCAUUGACCGAGUGGUGCAAGAGGGCCGAGACGUGGAAGAAAUUCAUAGACUUGAAGCAUUCUUGGAUAUACAGGGGAAUCCACCAACGGUCAGGUCUCUGAAGUUGUAAAUUAUCCCCACCAUUUCAGUAAUUCAAGAAGCACAUUACAGUUCUGGGCAUUGGCAUCAUCAAUACGGAAGCUAUUUCAAUGUCCAUCAUAUUGCGCUACUCCUAUGUGUUCAAAUCCUAGUUGAUACCAUGCGAGUGUUCUUAAAAGACGACCCUUUUAGUCGAUAGUAU